GCAAAGGUCGCGGCAGUUGCCGCAGCAGUCUUCACGAAUACCUAAAAAUUGCUUGUCAAAUCUUAUACAUGUCACUAUGACUGCCUUGGGUCACAAAAAACGGAAGAAUCGUACAUCCGACGCAGAUCCUGAUGCACCCAGAAAGAAGAAAGAGAAACUGAAACAGGACGCGGGGAAGCCCUGCACCAAACCUUCUCCAAGUGAAUUCCGGGUGACGAAAGCAACCAUAACACUCUCUGUACCUCCCGUAUUCGCCAGUAAUCUACGCGCGGGCGUGGAGGAAAUGUUAGAUAGCAUGAUCAUGCGAUAUAUCCCGUCCUUGUGCGGAGUUCUCUUGGCUCAUUCAAAUUUACAUUUCCUGAGUCCAACAGUGAGUAUAAAUGCCGACUGUCCUUUCGCGAUCUGCAAUGUCACUUUCGAUGCUACGGUCUGGAGCCCAAGUAUAGCCAUGAAACUUGUUGGCAAAAUUAUUCUGUAUUCUCCAGAUCAUGUUUCGCUGCUCCUCCACCGUACGUUUAACGUUUCCAUACCACGACACCACAUUCCACAAGAUGUCUGGGAAUUUGAAUAUGGUCCUGCGGAAAACGAUCCCGAGUAUGGAGAAGGUGCUGUAGCAUCAUCUAUCGUUGAAGAAGAGGAUGGAGGAAUGAAGGAUGGUGAUGGUGAGAAGGUGGAAGGCGAAGCGGUGCCGGAGGCGAGCGGACAGUGGGUACACCGUGUGACGGGAACGAAGCUUGGCGGAACAGAUGGGUAUCUAGAGUUUACAGUUAUCGGAAAAACUGUGGCGAACGAAAUGCUCUCCCUUCAAGGAUCCAUACAGCCUGAUCCCUUUUCUGAAGAACAUUCACAAUCAGGCAAGAGCUCCCGCAAAAAACGUGCCAAAUAAUUUCAGAUUAUUGUUCUGGCAUCUCAGAGGCUUCGUACAUAAAUCGUCGAGGGCUCGACUAUACCUUACUUCUCAGCCGUUACUUAAUACUAAUCAAAUAUACCUGCUACGAAACUGGAUGAGCCAGAAGAAACUGGGGCAGAAUGUGAGGCUCAAAACUGGGAUCAGCUCUCUGUGAGAAGUGCAGGCCAAGUGCGCAUAGCGACCUUGACAACAGUAUAUCUGGGAGGGGUGCGACUGGAUGGCAUAGACCUUAAAGGCCCUGGCGGUGGAAUCUGCAACGAGAAUAUCUAAUCCCUUGUCCUCGGCAAUUCACCCAUCAAGUUCCUGGUAAAGGUCGCUCUCAUCCUCAGUGGUAUCUUCCCCCAUCUUGAACAGAUUACACAUGAUUGGCAGCAUAUCUGAUUUG